AUAUAAAUAAAAAAAUGGAAGUAGAUUCUGAACAAUAUUUUUCGAGCUAUGAAGACUUGGAUAUACACAAGCUAAUGCUCGAGGAUGAACCGAGAACCUUAGCUUAUAAGAAUGCAAUUUUAAACAACAAGCAGUACUUCAAAGACAAAGUUGUUAUGGAUGUUGGUUGUGGCACAGGAAUUUUAUCAAUAUUCUGUGCUCAGGCUGGUGCGAAAAAAGUAUUUGCUGUUGAAGCCAGCAAUUUAGCGAAUUUAGCUAAGGAGAUAGUUAAGGAGAAUAAUUUUCAAAAUGUUAUUGAGGUAAUUCACAGCAGAGUAGAAGAUGUAGAACUACCAAACUAUAUGAAGGUGGAUGCUAUUGUAUCAGAGUGGAUGGGGUUCUAUUUACUCCACGAGGGUAUGCUGGACUCUGUCCUGUAUGCUAGAGACAGGUUCCUCAAAGAUGGUGGGGAAAUAUUCCCUGAGAGUGCUACCAUUUAUAUUGCACCAUGUAGUGUUCCCUCAAUGUACAAUCAAUGGGACAAUGUAUAUGGAGUAUCAAUGAAGUCGUUCUCCAAAGAGCUCCGAGCUAGUAAGGGUAGCAAACCAGAAAUACUAACAAUAAAGCCCGAAGACCUGCUGGGAACUGAAGUGGCACUCUGCUGGAUCAAUUUGAGAGAAGAUGAAUCACAUGAUUUGAAUUCCUACAGCAUUGAACAUGUUGUUGGUGCAAGCAAAAACGGUUUCUACCAAGGCCUCUGCCUAUGGUUCGAGUGUAAUUUCCCCGAGCUUCCAAAUGGUACAGGAGACAGUCGCACGGUUCUGGACACAAGUCCACAGAGCCCGGCUACUCAUUGGAAACAAACAGUCAUAGUGCUGCCGGACCAGCUCGAGGUGGAGGAAGGUGAACCUAUUGCCUUCCAGUUGGAAAUGACAAGAGCUGAUGCAACAAGUAGAAGAUACAACCUCCUAAUGACGAUGUUGGACCCCGAAACAAUAGAGCACCCCCUCCCCUGUUCAUGUCACAUGACCACGUGUAUAUUAGCUAAAACCUUCAUGAAGCAACAAGCUGAACACGCCAUCGCACAAAAGAAAGAAGAAGAUACGUCCGUUCUAGUUGACGAAGAGAUUAAUGAUGAUGACGAAGAUGAUAAUUAAACAAAAACAAAUUAUGACAUUUUAUAA